UUUUUAUAUAUUCUUGGUUUAUUGUUUACUUUACAUAAUUACCUACAUUAUUCAUAAACCUACGGCCUACCUAAUUUCUAAAUUCAUUGAUAUUUGAGGAUUUCUAACCGUAAAACUGCGGUCCAAUAUUGGUCUUUGUUAUUGAUUUAACAUCAGGAAGAACUUAGUGAAAUGAUAUGUAUUCCUUUUUAGUUCGUGGAAAAAUGCGGCCCAAUACAUUUAUUAGAUUUAGUAGCACUGGGAAAAACUUAUGUUUUCACGAAGAAAUGAAGAAAAAUUAUAUACCAACCAAUUUUUUUCAAAAAACUGUACUAACCGUUGGCUCAGCAGCAGUUGCUCUUUUAGAUCCACAAAGAGGUGACAUGAUCGCUUGCUUAGGAGAGGUGUCCGGGGAAAUGGCCCUUAAAUCUUUGAGGGAAAAAAUGCUUGAAAGCCCUGAAGGUGCCAGUAUAUUGCAAGAAAUGCCGCGCAUAAAUUCAAAAACAGUUUGUUUUAAGAAACUUUCCGAAAUGCCUGAAAGGACUGUUGGUCGUGUGUAUGCUAACUUCAUGAGAGACAAUAAUAUAACAGCAGAUUCACGGUUGCCAGUACAGUUUAUAGCUGAUUCUGAUUUAGCAUAUGUAAUGCAAAGAUACAGAGAGGUUCAUGACUUAGUUCAUGCUACAUUAUUCAUGAAGACUACAAUGUUGGGUGAAGUUACCAUAAAAUGGGUUGAAGGUAUCCAAACAAAACUUCCUAUGUGCAUUGGUGGAGGUAUAUGGGGAGCAGCAAGGUUAAAGCCAAAACAUAGACAACUUUAUUUAAAGUAUUAUCUUCCCUGGGCCAUUCAAACUGGGAAUAAUGCGAAGCUUUUACAAGCAAUAUAUUUUGAGAAGAGAUGGGAUCAAAAUAUUGAUGAUUUCCACAAAGAGAUGAAUAUUGUUCCACUUACCAAAGUUUAGUGUAAAUGUAAGACUUAAUUAUUAAUUAUAUGAAUAAAAUAAACGUUAUACCUAACAUUAAAUCGACCGCCAACUCUUAUCCGUCUAUAACUAAUAAUAUUUCAAAGAAACAGAUAGAGGAAAAUAAUAAUGUAUUUAGAUAAGUAUUUGGUAAAAUAUUGACAAAGCUGCUAACAAUAUUGUAGUAUCGGGCGCAUCGAAAUCAAAACCUAAGCUUUCAAGUUUAAGUGAUAAAAGGUGGACAUUCAUUACUAGGUAUAAUAUUUACCUAAUUGUUUUACCGUUUGGAAUUGAACAAUUUUCGGUGUAGGUUUAUGUAUGACUCAAAAUCCUUUAAAUCCUAAAAUAAACUCAAUUUAACAUUUUUUUUUACUUUUAUAAGUAUAAAAUAGUCGCAUCGCAUCAAAGAUAAAUUUGAAUAUGCGCGCGUUAUUGUCUUAAUAGUAAAAAUGUAAUUGACUAAACCCCUUACAAACUAUUGCUUCAAGGAUGUCGAACGGUAGACUAUCCAUCUGUAAUUAAUCAUUAUUUACACUUUCAGUUGUGGAUUGUUUAGGUACUGUGUUAAUUAUUACAAAAAAUAACUAAGUAAGUAUGUUCCCAUUAUUUUGGUUACACAGUUUUAAGGCUAACAAUAAUUCUAACACUAAAAAUUAAAAAUAAACAUUACAUGUAAAAAAACAAUUGUAAAUAGCAACAACUAAACUUGAAUAUAAAGCCUCGAAAUAGAAGUCUCAUUUUUGAAUAACUUGUUAUAAAAUAAAUAAUGAUUAUAAUUUACAAUGAUUUCAAAUAUAGGACACAAAAGAACAAUAAAAGAAAAAUGGGUGUGAAUAUCCGUUGCGUACAUGCGGAAGAA